AUGGCAACUGCAUUUAUCCAUAUAUUAUCGAUCGCCCUCUGUAUUUCUGCAGGAUUCCAACAGGGAUACAUUGCUUCUGUUCUCAAUCAGCCAUACUUGGAAAUCACUAGUUUCAUUAACGAAUCAUGGGUCGCAAGGACAGAUCAGCCACUAAAACCAGGCGCCUUGAACGUCCUAUGGUCACUGCUGAACGUUUGUUUCCCUAUCGCUACCAUAUUCGGACAAUUUUUAGCUGCUUUUCUUUGUGAUCGUAUUGGCCGUAAAGGUACGGCCUUACUUGCAAGUAGUCUUUAUAUACCCGGUACAAUUCUUUGUGCCCUAUCCAAGUAUUUCUAUCCAUUUUUCGAGUUGCUGUACAUAGGAAGAAUUAUUUGGUCCUUAGCCAACGGUAUCAACAGCGUCAACGCCACCGUUUGGAUAGUCGAAUGCGCGCCGACGAAAAUUCGCGGACGGAUGGCCGCCAUGCAAGAGUUUUUCAUGGCUUUUGGAUCACUAGUCACACAAGCGGUAGGCGUUCCAUUCUCAAACGCAGAGUCAUGGCCGUUGAUAUUUGUACCAAACAUUGCAUUCGUGCUGGUUUCAAUGGCAAUGUUCGUUUUCGUGUUUGAAUCUCCGCAGUUCAUCUUGGAAAAAUUUGGAGAUGAGGAGAAGGCUCGCCUAGCUCUUGCUGCUUAUCACGGUGUCGGUAUUCGCGAUGAUUCUGUGGCAGCCGAGAUUAGACUUUGUGAAGAGAGCGCUGCCAAGAAAAAUGGUAGCACUAGAACAACUAAUUAUGAAAUCGAAACUGAGCACGACACAAUGACGGUAAUGUUCAUGCCAUGGAAAGCUCAGGAUUUGACAUCAAGGGUUGUUCGUCACGCCGCAUGGUUGGGUGUUAUGGUUAAGAUUGCCUACGUUUUCUCCGGAGCGCGUUGUUUGCGUGCAUUCAGUACAUUUAUUCUUCACACUUUGGGAGGAUGGAACAUUGAAGGCGCUCUUUACGGAUCAUUUGUUAUUGGCCUGCUGAGACUUCCAGCCACUUUGGUACCGGUGUUUCUCGUCGACAGAAUCGGACGUCGGCCGUUGAUGAUUAUGUCAACAUUUAUCUCUUUUCUUUCUUUGGCCACAAUGAUGAUAGGAAUCGACGUUGGUGAAGAUUUGAAGGUAGCGACACUACUUGGUCUUACUACUUUGUUGCUCAUCAACGCAUGUGGUCUUGGAUCAGUGUCAAGAUUUUAUGCGGCUGAAUUGGUUCCCAGAGCGAUAUUACUCCCUUGCGUUUCAACGCUGAACACUUUUGAAUCACUUUCAAAGAUUGCGGUGGAGUUCGCCUUCUAUCCGAUAGCGAAUAUUAUUGGAGGACAAUCGCUGCUUUUGUUCCUUGUUCCUACAGCAAUAUUCAUCUAUUUCAUGUGGUCGCAAUGUCCGGAAACAAGCAAAAGACCAGUUAAUGAGGUCCUCAACGAUAUCGCAUCACGAAAAAGACUUAACGUGCAUUUUCCGAAAUAUGGAGACUGA